UGUUAGCAAUAUCUUACAAACCACUCAAGAGCGAUUAAACAAAAUUCAUCAAGCUAUCGAAAAGAGCACUGCUAAGAGGAAAACACUCUUAGAUAAUAGUUCUGCGUAUAGUAGUACUAUUGUUGAGUCGGAUAAGGAAGAGCCAGCCAAAGUGGAAGCUGAGAAACAACAAUAAUUUUAAAUUAAAUUAUGGAAACUCCAGUAGUUAAGUUAUCAGAUGAAGAACUCAAGACAGUUUAUAAUCCUUCUGAGGAUUCGUAUCUUUUAAUAGAUGCUUUGGAAGAAGAUUUACAAAACAUUCUGUAUGCGACGAAACCUGCGAUUUGUUUAGAAAUAGGUAGUGGUUCUGGUAUAGUCAUCACAGCUCUAGCAAUGGCAUUGAAACCAUUUCAUAAUGCUCAUUUUAUUGCAAUUGAUAUAAAUCCUGAUGCAUGUAGGGCCACGAAAAGAACUAGUCUAAUUAAUUCUGUUGAUGUAGAUGUUCUCCACAUGAAUUUGUUAGAUUGUAUACAGGUUAAAAAUACAUAUGAUGUUAUUUUAUUUAAUCCACCAUACGUAGUUACAGAAUAUGAGGAAGUGCUAGAAAAUAGACUUAUAUUUAAGACUUGGGCAGGUGGAAAAAAUGGCAGACAAGUUAUGGAACAGAUAUUUACUCUGAUUCCCAAAAUCUUAUCAAAUGGAGGCUUGUUUUAUUUGGUUGUUAUUAAAGAAAAUGAUCCUGAAUAUAUUCUGAGUGUUUUUUACAAAUUAGGUAUGUCUGGUAGAAUCAUUCGUGAGAGGAAAGUAAGAGGGGAGUACUUAUUUGUUUUACGUUUUGUAAAGUUAGGUCCAAUGAAAGAUGAUAAGUUAAUAUUAUAUUAGAAAUAUGACAUCCAUAGAUGUUAGGAAUAUCUUUUAUACUUUUAAUAUUGUACAAGGAAUUGGAUAUUAUUUCAUUGA